AUGGGGAACGAUGUCUAUGGCGAGCUGAGGAAGUCCCUCUGUCCGAGUGACCCGCGGUUGGAAAAAUCGACCUUUUGCUCAUCAGUUCCGCCUCCUGGGACAUGGAGGCCGUGGUGUAGGGCCAAGGCCAGGGUUCUUGCCCUCCAGCUCCGUCUGGCCGAGCCCUUCGUUACACCCGUCGAGUUUACGGACGCCGCAUCUCUGGCGGCCGACCUGAAGGAGAAGGCAGGAUCGAGCGAUCCGGAUGUUCGCCGUAUAUACCUCCUCGAGGGCCUCUCUGACGACUUCGUCUCUGUUCUCGGGAACCACUUUCGGCUUCAUCCGUCCCUCUUCAUGGACCACGACAGGCUGCUGCUUUUGGGCAACAGGAUGACCGGAGAAGGUGGCGGCCUUCCCAUCCUUCCGUCCGCAACCUGCCAGAGGGAUCACGUCUCGCUCAAAUAUCACGAGCCGUUGGUGCUUUCCGAGCGGCCGACGAGCUUCCGCAUCAUCUGCGACACGUCCGGACGGCACAUCGCCGUGACCAGACUGAUGGGAGAGUUUUCCGAUGUUGGAAUCUGCCGGCGAAAGUGCACCUUCUGGAGCAAGAAGACCGGAGUGGGUGGUUGGACGUGCCUGAUCAUCUGCGAUCCUCCGAUUCGACGCAUCUUGACCGACUACGAUGGGCGGUCGGGAAAGGACGUCCUCACGUCGCCCUUCGCCUCGGGAUAUCUGGACUUCAUGCCGCUCCCGAACCAGCUCAGGGCGAAGUGUGGCCCUCCUAGAUCGUCGCUGUUGGACGAUUUGCUGUUCUAUCUGCAAACGCACUCCGACGCGGUCGACCUCGCCGACCCAAGCUCCCUGCGCAUCUUCGUCGAGAAGAUCGUCGCGAGCCACUUCCUCAAGCUGGCCGAGUUCCUGCAGGCCAACAUCGACAUCGUACAGUUCCACCUUUCGAGGAGGGCCGACCUGACGCCCUUUGCUCUUUCCACGACAGAGGAGCUCUGGAGCGACGUCCAAGCCUGGAUGCGGCGAACGGCCGAGUACCAGGACGACCUUGCGGGCAUCAUGCUGCAGCUGGGCGUCCCGCUCGAGACCGCAUCCGGCACCCGCCGCCGCCGCCGCCGCCGCCGCUGCCAGGACUGGACCGACAGCACCGCCGACUUCCGGUUCCUCAUGCGCCGGUACCGCGAGAUUGGACGGCGCGUGAACGCCCUGGCUGGCGCCAUCUCAACGCUGGCCAGCCUUACGGGCAACCGCGUCACCUUCACGUCGGCUGAUCUGUCGCUUCGCGAGGCGGAGCGAGCCGGCCGCGAGACCAGGAGCGUGAAGGCACUCACCAUCCUAGGCAUCGUUUUUCUCCCGCUAUCCUUCUCGGCCAGCCUCUUCAGCAUGGCGGACCCGUACCUGCCGGGGAGCUCCGGCUUCGGGGUCUACUUUGCCCUCUCCGUCCCGCUGGUGGGAUUCGUGAUCCUGGUGUACUUGGUGCUGGAGCUGGGAUACACCGAGGGAGAAAGGCAGUGGUCUUUCAAGACGGCGAUCGCAAGCGUGCAUAAGCAGAUCGUGCGAAUAAGGGGGAGAAAAGUCGGACCGUCGAUGGAAACGGCAUGA